UCUCUUGAAUGUAUUCACUAAAAAAUAUAUUAAAUUUAUCCUUCUAUACUAAAUAAACUACUAUGCAAAAUUGCAUUAAAAACUAAGUGAUUCAAGUAUAAUAAUGGGAAAAUGUGCAAAGGUAAUAGUAUGUGGAAUGAAAGGAGUUGGGAAAACUUCAAUAUUGGAGCAGGUCAUAUAUGGUAAUGUCCAUAGUUCAAUGCAAUUCUAUCCCACCAUCGAAGAUAUCUAUGUAGCAAAUAUUGAGUCUGACAGAGGAAUAAAAGAAAAGGUCCGGUUUUAUGAUACUGCAGGCCUGGAACAAUCUCAAAUCAGUACAGCACAUGGUACAACCAAUCAACAAUUACCCAGGCACUAUUUGGUCUUAGCUGAUGGCUAUGUUUUAGUGUAUGAUACAGAUAAGCCUGAAUCACUUGAUGUACUGAUAUCCUUAAAGAAGGAUAUAGAUAAGAAUAAAGAUAAAAAAGAAGUGAUAACUGUGGUGAUUGGCAAUAAAACUAAGGAGUUGGAUGCAAGUGAAUAUGAUUCAACAUUGAAUAAAGCAGUGAACUGGUGCAGCAGGGAGAGGAUCAAGCAUUUCUGUGCUUCAGCCAUGCAGAGGACAACAUUAUUUGAGUCCUUCAUAUUUUUAACAAGCAAAUUGAAUCCACCACCCAGCAAGAGUACAUUCCCACAACUUUCCAUGGGCAAAAAAGUUCUUUCAAAAGAAACUUAACAAUCUUUCAGACAUAUUUAUUUGUAAUUAUUUAUAAAUUGGCAUCAUGUAAUUAAAUUAUAUAAC